AUGGAAAGUGAUCGGUCUGCCGUUCCAGACCGGGCCAUGCUUCUACCCCAUUGUGAUGAGGAUGACUUAAGCUUCUGGUGCCGACAGCUUUUCAAUGAUGACCAUGCCCCCAUCCUCCCCGACGACUUUUCCCUUGGUUCUCUGCCUGAAGACCUGCUGUCUUUCGACUCAUCAUGGCGUAAUAUUGACGAGUUCACUGAUCUUGGAACUCAUGAGAGUGGUCUUCCCUCCAGUCUCUUGGAUGUCCGCUCCUCUCAACCCCCCCAGCAGCAACCUGCUGGGCCCACUUCUGCCGCAACAGGUUAUCCGGACUACGAAAGCCUGCCCUCCAAGAAUGGAACCCGCUUCACUAAGGAGGCGCUCCAGGUUCUGAAGGACUGGUUCUCCUCUCACAGCGACCAUCCCUACCCCGACGAGGAGGAAAGGGAGACGUUACAGCGUCAGACAGGACUUAACAAAACACAGAUUUCUAACUGGCUUACCAAUGCUCGCCGUCGACGCAAGGUUCAACGACCGAGGCCUACCUCUCCUUAUGUCCGCAACACCUGGACCGGCCCUAUCGAUAUCCCCCGGCGUCCAGAUACGCCUGCCUUCCAGAACAAUACAGGCAGCCUGAACCCCCUGGAGCGCUGGGUCGAUUCGCCUCCCGAGAGCGAACCCGCCUCUGUGACCGCGAUCGCUCAGGCUGUCGCCUUGAACUCAAAGACUUGCUUGGGGCAGAACAGCCCACGGUCCUUCGCCUCCACUGACGACGGAUCCAAUCCUUCACUCUAUAAUGUGUCUUCCGCAAGUAGUGCUGGCACGUCCAGCGGCGCCUCCUUCGGCUCUAUGAACCGGCAGCGUGGCCGUCGUCGUCGCAGAAGACCUGUUCCCAGGCGCAAGGAGAAAGUCGCUUCAGCUGUACCCCUCAAGAAGUUCCAGUGUACGUUUUGCACAGACACCUUUGGGACUAAGUACGAUUGGCAGCGGCAUGAGAAGUCACUACACCUCUCUCUGGAACGAUGGAUGUGUGCUCCUAAGGGUCCGAGGGUCCUGAAUAUCCAGAGCAACCAGAUCAGCUGCGCCUUCUGCGGCGAAGUUGAGCCCAGCGAUGAGCACAUAGAAUCCCAUAACCUGUUGGCUUGCAUGGAGAGGCGGCCUGAAGACAGGACGUUUUAUCGCAAGGAUCACCUCAAUCAGCACCUAAGGCUUAUGCAUAACGUCACAUUCCUCGACUGGAGCAUGAAGUCCUGGAAGGUUACAGGCCCUGAUAUUCGAUCACGCUGCGGGUUUUGCGGUAUAACGAUGCCCAACUGGUCAACUCGGGUGGAUCAUCUUGCGGAACACUUCAGAAAGGGUGUUACAAUGGCUUCCUGGAGGGGAGAUUGGGGCUUUGAUGCUCCAGUGCUCAAGAUGGUUGAGAACUUCAUUCCUCCAUGUAAGCCCCCCGAAUUCCACAUCAAGGCAAUUGAAGAGUCUUUGGUCAUCGAAGCUAUCUCGGUCGUGUUAAAACUGACAUUAUGCAUUUAUACAGAUUUGAUCGAGAAUGAUCGCCGCUCUCCUUUCCCCUAUAUCGCAACCGCCAUAUCAACAGAGUUCCCCGAUGAGUUGGCAAAGCUAGAACUAGAUCGUUCUACAGCCAACCACCAACAGUCGACAAUACAGGAGGCUCAGCACCGAGAGUUGAAUGAAAUAGCUCGAAAGAAGUUCUCGGGAGGUUGCUCAGAGGUGAUUCCAGCCACCGUUGCAGGUCAAGCGGGAGCCUUCUUUUUGACCGAUGCCAAUUGCUACCGUCGCCUCUUUCGGGAGUUAAGACGCUUCGUCACGUCGAUCAUGUCACCGAAUAAUCCGAACUGCCAUAUACCGACCGAUGCUGAGAUCCAGCAUCAGGCUCGUUGCAUAAUAUUCGACGACGACGACCCUUGGAAUCAGACCGCGGCAGAUAACGCUGAGUGGCUCUUGCGAUUCAAGCGUGAUGUUGGCAUCCUACCGCCGGGGGCUGGUCUCUCGCUAGACACUAAUGCGUGGAACAUCACGCAUGGCGGCACAGGCUUUGCUCCUCCGUACGCGUUCCCGAAUAAGAAAAUGUUACACGCUACCUCAUCCACGCCAGCAUCGGUCGUCAGCCCCAGCGCCACGAAUGGGUCAACCAUGACUACCAGCCCGGGCACGACAUCCCCAGGCUUCGAAAAGCUUGAAAUAUUUCUCGGCAACAACGCAACGCCGUUCGAGGCCGAUCAGACCUUGCUGGAGGGGUACAUUGAAACCUUUUCAUCGCGGUAUGAUCGACCUGCUUCAGUCUUUUGCUCUCGGGAGCUCGAGAGCGGCCUCAUUAGCUUCGUGGAGACGGAGAUGGCAUGUGGCGCAGGUUUCCCUUCGGAUGAGGCGAUAAGGUUGCGUGGCCGCGAGAUUUUGAGUUGCGACAAGACGGCGGCUGAUGAUCCCGAUCUGCUCGCAAGGUUUAAGGCGUGGAUGAUGAGACUACGCCAUCAGCAGCCGGUGAACAUGCCCUGUGAUAUCAAUAUCGAUCUGAAUGACGCGGAAAUGGAUAGUUUGCUGGCUGACGCGAACUUUGAUAUGAUUUUGACAGAACUUUAG